CCGCGCCCCGCCCCGCCGCCCAGAGCGGCCGCGGCGGCCAUGGCGGUGUGCGCGCGGCUGUGCGGCGUGGGGCCGGCGCGCGGGUGCCGGCGGCGCGGGGCGGCGCGGGAGCAGCGGCGCGGCGGCGCCGCCGACAGCGAGCCCGACACCGACCCCGAGGAGGCGGGCGGCGGCGGCGCGGCGGGGGAGGAGGACGAGGAGGAGGAGCGCAUCGAGGGCGGGCGGCCCGCGCCGCAGCCCGCCGAGGCCGGCCCGGCCGCGCGGGCCCCGCUCUCCCUGCUGGAGCUGCCGCCCGAGCUGCUGGUGCAGAUCUUCGGCUCGCUGCCCGGCACCGACCUGCCCAGCCUGGCGCGGGUGUGCACCACCUUCCGCCGCAUCCUCCGCACCGACACCAUCUGGCGGCGGCGCUGCCGCGAAGAAUAUGGCGUCUGUGAAAACUUACGGAAACUGGAGAUCACGGGAGUGUCCUGUCGAGAUGUUUAUGCUAAACGUAUAAACCCACGAGUGAAGUCGGGGCGUUUUAUGAAAAUCCUUCCCGACUACGAGCACAUGGAGUACAGAGAUGUUUACACCUGCCUGCUGCACCGAUACCGACACAUCUUGGGAUUGUGGCAGCCAGACAUUGGGCCCUAUGGGGGACUGCUGAAUGUGGUGGUAGACGGUUUGUUCAUCAUCGGGUGGAUGUACUUGCCCCCUCAUGACCCUCAUGUUGAUGAUCCAAUGAGAUUCAAGCCUCUCUUCAGGAUUCACCUCAUGGAGAGGAAAUGUGCCACAGUUGAGUGUAUGUAUGGCCACAAAGGACCUCACAAUGGCCAUAUCCAGAUUGUAAAGAAGGACGAGUUCUCCACAAAAUGCAACCAGACAGAUCACCAUCGAAUGUCAGGGGGGAGGCAAGAGGAAUUCCGGACAUGGCUGAGGGAAGAAUGGGGUCGAACUCUGGAAGACAUCUUCCACGAACACACGCAAGAGCUCAUCUUGAUGAAGUUCAUCUACACCAGCCAAUAUGACAACUGCUUGACAUAUCGACGCAUCUACCUCCCUCCUAGCAGCCCUGACGACCUUAUAAAGCCAGGUCUCUUCAAAGGAACGUAUGGGAGCCACGGGCUGGAGAUCGUCAUGCUGAGUUUUCAUGGAAAGAAAGCCAAGGGGACUAAAAUCACCGGAGAUCCCAACAUCCCAGCUGGGCAGCAGACUGUGGAGAUUGACCUGGCACAUCCUCUUCAGCUACCUGACAUCGAGAACCUACGUGAUUUUAGUGAGCUCUCUCGCAUCGUCCUUGAGGUCCAGGAGCAGGUGCGCCGGGAGGAGCAGGAGGAGGAACAACGGCAGGAGGAAGAGGACUGUUCCCAGCAAGCUGCCUCCCAGCCUGCUGCACAGGCCCUGGGGGGAGAAGGUGCCAAGGGGGAAGAGACUGCGGCUGGAGCUGAAGGGGCGGCCCAGGACAAGGCACCAGCUUCCCAGCCCUUUGUGCUGCCCAUGGGAGUCAUAUCGAGGAAUGAAGACUAUCCUAGGACCUGCCGAAUUUGUUUUUAUGGGACGGGGCUUAUUGCUGGCCAUGGCUUCACCAGCCCUGAGCGAACACCAGGUGUUUUUGUCCUCUUUGAUGAUGAUCGUUUUGGGUUCAUCUGGUUGGAGCUCAAGUCCUUCAGUCUCUACAGCCGGAUCAAGGUCUCGUUCCAGAAUGCUGAAGCGCCUUCCCGUGAGGCUUUUGACGAAAUGCUGAAGAACAUUCAGUCGCUGGCUACUUGAUGGGUGAUUUGUGAUGGACAGGGCUAGGGGUGGCAAAGGCCGCUGCACUCCCCAGCCAGGGAUGGGAAGGGGAUUCCUUGCUCUUGGUACCUCUGAAUAAAAGCAUGCACUUUUAAUAAAGCCUUUUUACCCCAAAUGUACACAUCCCUGUUAAAAUAUUCAUGACUGCCCUUUCCUCCCUGCCUCCUCACAUUGCUCCCUGGCAGUCCUUGUGAUCCCAGUCUGUAACAUAGCUUUGUAUGGCUGAAGGGAUCCUGCAGAGGAGGAAACAGAGCUUUCUUAUUGCAAAAAGGAUGUAUAGGAACAAAAGUAACUCAAGGCCAGAGCUGGAUCAGAAGAAUCUCUAAUUGACUGGACUGAUAGAAGCCCUCUGCUCUGACCAUUAGCAGUCUCCCAUGGAAAGAGACCUUCCUUGGGGAGGGAACUCAUUUAAGCUUUUGCUGUGCUCUAGGCCAGUCUGUCCUCUUAGGAGACUUGUUUUUCUCUCCUGAAAACCUGCAGACUGGCUGGCUGCUUAAUGAUUGGUUGUGUCAGAAGUGACAAAGCACGUCCUCCUCUCCAGAAACCUUUUUCUGGGUGCAUCAUUGCUCAGAGAAGCUGGUGUAAUACCUGUGUACUUGACUUAAAAUUGGAGUAGGUGGUUUCCUUUGAGAAAUUCUCUCACCUUGGCAGCAAGGGGAGGAUUCCCACUGUAAAUGACAGUGCGCAUAGCCAUGCCCUGGCUUCUGAAGCUUGGUGGCUGUGCUGUCCCUGGGGCUCCGGGUCUGGGUCUUUCCCCAGGUAUAGAGGAGAUGAUGAGUCUUUGUUAUAGGAGCUGGGUACAGAGCUGGGAAUGAGUGCGAAGUGCAUAAGCUGGUGCAUUCUGAACUGGUUUUGCACCUGAAAGGUUCCCUUACACCUUUUGAAAUGGGCUUAAAAGCAUUAAAAAAAAAAAACAAAAAAAAAACACCUAACUGAAACAGGCUCAUAUGCAGCCCAAUGCCUCCUGCCUGCAGCAGGCAGCAGAAACUGUCAGCUGUCACUGGUGCUGAUGUGACCCCAGUUACAUGUCAUUCUUGUGUCAGGUUGCCUUGCACAGUCUGAAGGAGCAUCGAGGGAUUCUCUUAAUGUUGCUGUGGCUUGUUCUGACAUCUUUUACAGUUGGUGCUGACAGGUGGGUGCAAGACCCUUCUGUCCCCUUCCUCAUCUUGCUGUUGUUUUGCCCCAGACAAUGGCAACUUGCACAGAAGGCUCCUGUGCUUAAUUUCUUCCCGUGAGAUCCGUGUUGUGUGCGGCAGAUCUGAGCUCCUCUCAGAAGCGUGGGCUACGGGGCAGGGGGCCAGUUUCCCCAUAGACUCUGCUGUGCAGCAGGAAAGUCUUGGCCAGUGCUAACCUACCGACUGUGAAUUGUGCCAUGAACCAUCUCAACAUUCGCAUCCAUGCGUUUGUUGUUAAGCCUGGGUAGGAAGAGAUUCCUGUGCGGAGAGGAGAGAGCAGUUUGUAAGGCAGGUCUUGGCUGUAGGCAAAAUAUGUCCCUUGUCCCAGUCGCUCUUGGGCGAUGAUGAACUCUAGAGAUUCUUCUCUUCCAGCCCCCAGCAGCUCCUCUGCAAGGAUCAACUUGUCUAACAAAACUGCCUUUGCAUCUUCUGCAGGCCUCAGUUUGUCAAUGUCUGCACGCGUGUUGUGCCAGGGAGGAUUUGGGCCCCUUCCACAGAGACGUUCCCAUCACUGCCUGGUUUCCCUGACUGCGAGAAGCUUUUAUUCUCACUCUCACGAGGGUUUUUGCCAUCUCUGGCUCUCGAGCGUUCCCUCAAGCUGUGUGAGAACCGAGUCUCCAGCAGAGAUUUUGAGCAGAAGGUUAUGUCACUCACAGGAUUAAUUCCUGUCUCUUUGGAUAGAGGUUUUUCAAACCUCUGGGAAUUUGAAGGUGAUUUGGGGCACUUUCUUUCUUUCCUUCCUACUGUUCUGUCAGUAGUGGAAAACCUGUUUAUGUCAGAGGAGAGGAUCUGAGGGGCUAUUACCAUUCUGGUGAAUAAGCUAUGAAAAGUAAGUUGUUUCUGAGCAGCCUGUUAGAUGUGUCCCUGUCUGCGUCAGCAGAGGGAAGAGUUGUCUCCAGUCUCACCCCAUCAUGCAGGCAGGGACGGUGGCGGUUCUCUGAUCAUUGGCUUGUGGGCGGAGAGGUGACCUGAGGCUAAAAUUGGGCUUCUUGGCCUUUUGCUGUGGCCACUGAGCUGCAUGCAGAAGAAAAGCGUGCACUUAAUCUUGUAGGCAGAAGUUUCAAGCUUGAUUAUGCAGGUUUCUGGGAUACCUAAAGACAAUAGGAAUCUGGCAUUUGAGUGGCCAAUUUAUCUUGGAGCUGGCUGCUAAGCUGCUCCAGCCAAUGUGUUGGCUGCUUUGUACUGCUCCCUAAUACAGCCUAAAGGGAUGAGAGAGGUCCCCUUGGGCAGCUGUUUUGAUAGCUUAUCCCUAAAACCAGCUCUGUGUCAACUGUAAAUGGAUCCAUAGUUUUGAUUUGCGGUUUCCUCCUUCCUUUCAUGUCCCAGUCACCCGAAAAAAAUCCUGAAGUUUCACAUAACUGUCUUAAUAGUUUUUGCUUUUCUUUUUUUAACAUAAGAUUGAAAAUCCAGUCUCUAUCGAAUGCACUACAAGCACUUCAUCCGAGCCCCGAGUCACUGUCUCUUGAGUGCAGACGCUGACUCCGUAAUCAGUCUCCUCCCUGUAACUUGCUGUGCCUGGUUGGCUGAGUGUGUAAAGGCAGCGUAAGCAUGAUUCACUAACGUGUCAUAAAAUGAUUUUAGAAGCUGUAACCUGCUGCUUUAGUUGCCCUUUAUGACAGGAGUCUGCUGGGGAGUGCAAACCCGUGGAUAGCAGAAGGCAGGAGUGCUGUGCGCGGUGUUGAUUACAGGCCUGCUUAGCCACUUGUGCAAGAUCCUCUCGGUUGGCUGUUGGCGCAUGUUGUGCAUCUGCCGUUCUCCGGGCUGGGGCAGUUCCUCCGCUUGUAGCUUGUCACUUCCAAACGUUUUCAGUGGCAGUGUUAAGUCUCCUCUGAACAUGAGACUUGGCUGGCUGGAGAGAAGGGCUUUGCAGAGGCUGGAUGUGCUGCAGUAGCUUUUCACAGAUCAGCUUUGCCCUUGUAGAAGCUUCUUUUUAUUUAUAGUGUACCUGAUUGGCCUCAAAAUGUCAGAAUGUACUAGUCCCAAUUAAAGGCCAAACUGCUGGUACAUCGUAGCUUUAUUCUGUCUAGAGCAAAGACAGCAAAAAUAGCAAAUUCUUAUUAAUGCUCCUUUUUCCUCUCUUCUCACCUUCCACUCCUCAAAGCCUAGUAGGCUUUUCUGGCAUUUCAGAAGAAAAUUCCCUCUGAUUCGGCUUGCGGAGUGAGGAAAGUUGGCAAGACAGCAAAGCUAGAGGGACGGAUGCUUGGUGUUCUGGGCGCCCCUGUGCCUGUACUGGGUCCUUGGUGCAUGAUUAUUCGGUGCUUACAGGGGGAGGCAGAAUAAGGCCGCGAGGAGUGCUAACCUGUAGCUCUGAAGGCUUUGAGAAACGGGAACGAGCAAGAGGAGAAUUGAAUGUGUUGGCAGCGUCUGUAGGUGAGUUACUAAGCCGGGCACGAUUAGCAGUGCGCCAGAUUUCUUGGAAGGCAGUUCAGACGCAUGCGGUGCCAGUCGUGGCCGAGGGGGAUCUGACCGCAGCCCCGGUUCUGCCUCCCCUGUCGGUACCUGUAGGAAGGGUGGUGACAGUGCAGUGUUUUGCUGUACUCGUUCGUGUUUGGUGCACGCUCUACGACCUCCCUGCCCAGGACGUUUUGGUGCAUACCCUGCUUGUUUCCUGAACCCCAGUUGUCAGCCCUCUGGGGUAUUGUGGAUGGGGUAAGGUGUGGUGAGGUCUUGCAGGUGGGGAUAAAUGUCUGACUGCUGUUGCCGUGACCUUGCCUUGUUCACUUUCUGUAGAUAACCUUGGGGACGAUUAACAUAUUCCUUGAUCCCACAUGGGUGGAAAGCAUCAGGGAAGAUGGAAAAUCACUCAUCGGUGGUAGGGAAUGCUCUCUUGGCACAAACAUUUUGGAAUAAAUGAGCAAAGUGCUGCAAUUAGGUUGUGGAGCAUCACUGCCCUAAUAGCUACUGGAAGACCUGAAUGGGGGCUUAAUUCUAGCUCAGGAGCAGUAAGCAAGUGACUAAGAUGCUCAGGCUCUGUUGUGCUCCUAGAUCGUGCUUUCUGCAUGUCAAAACACAUGGGUUCAGCCAGCUGGGAAACAGAAGCAUAAAAGAUCCUCGUCCAGCUGGUUUGUUUAUUUGUGUUGGGCCUGAUUUCAUAGCUAUAAAUGUGCUGUGAUCAGGCUUUGUUGCUACAGAAGACUUGCUGCAGUCCGCACAGACUUGUCAGAUUCUUUUUUUGACUGAGGAGGUGGAGGGACAGAAUUAUUUGUAAUCUUGGGUAUCAGCUUUCCUCUGCAGCGACUGUUGAAUCUGGAGCAAAUGGUAUAGUACUGCCGUGGCUGUCCUGGAAUGGGAGAAUAGAGGUCGGACUGCGAUUAAUUAGGAAACAAUUACUGGGAAGAGAACAAAUUCAUGCUUGGAGAUGCAAAUUACCAGAAAAAAAAAUGUAGCUGGCUCAAUGUUUACUUUUACAGAAGGGUGACUUUUUACUGCUUUUUAUUAAUUUAAGACUAGUGGAACGUAAUACGAGUGGUGGGUGUUGUGUGGAAGUGGGUUGUAUAAUCUCAGCUUGUUAGUUUAGGAAGUGAUAAUAUAUUAACUUUGUCUUGUAGCUGGUUGCUCACAUGGCCAAUAAUCUUCUGUUGUGUUCAGCUGCCAAAGGAUUGCAUGCUGGCCUUCACAAUGCAGGCCAGACGGACAGCAUAACUUACCAGUUGGACAGUGAAAUAUUCGAGAUAUGUGUGAUCAGGCUGUGGAGUGGGAGAUAAGUUAUCAGAAUGUGAGUGCCACUGGCUUUUCUGUGCUAAAUUAAAAUGUAUGAUUCUGGGUUUUGUUUGGAUUGCAAACUCUCUUUAAUUUUUGAGGAAAAGAGCACUCAUUUCAAUUGUGUUCCUUGGUUUAAUUAAAGCAACCUGCACUUUUUUCAUUGAGUAAUGCCCUUAUUUUCCCCAUAGCAGGUGUACUCUAUUCUUAUGUGUAUUUUGCACUAACCACUUUAACAUGGCACCAACUGACUAAUCUGGCUAUCUCCAGCAGGCUUUGAGUGUAAAUAAGUGUUCAUAAAAUGCCCUGUUGUACUUUAUUUUCAUUAUUAUUAAAAAUGAAGACGAGAUGCCAGAUCUCGGCUUCUUACAGAGGGUAGCACAGAGGGGAAGGGUGAGCUUUUCUUUCUGAAAUGCCAUUUGACAUUGAGCGCCUCAGUUUGAUGCCACAGACAUCAGUGUGGAACAUGAUAAUUGUAGUUCAAACAACUCGCCUGCCCGUCUGUUCCCCCAUCGGAGGGACGGGGUUUUGCCACUUUAUUUGUGGGUUUGCGAGGAACGGGCUGGCUCUGUAAAAGCCAGACGUGACCCUGCAACACUUGGCCUACUGCAUCCCAGGUAUCAGUAAACUGAACAAAGUUUGUGUGUUACUUUUCCACCUGAUCAUUGUUACCCAAGGAGCCUUUUCCAGUUUCAAAUAAUAAAAAUGAAAGUUUUGUGAACUUA